UUUUUGUGGAGCUAUAGUUUGUGUGUUAAAAUUGGAAAUAAAAUUACUAUUUAGUUACAUAGAUUAUUAUGAGAACGACAGUUAAUUUGAAACUAAACCAGGAGUUUUAUUACAAGUGACUAUAUCACUAGAAAGAACGAAAAAUAAUUCGGUAACAUGGGAAAUGGAAGAAAAUUUUUCGGUAAGAAGAAGAAAGGUGGUUUGAAACCGACAACCAAGAAGAAAAGGAAAUUGUUACGAGAAAAAGAGGCCACAGUUAAUAAAAAAUCAUUAUUCAAUAGAUAUAAGAAUAAACAGAAGGUGGAAGAAGAGUUAUUAAAGAAAAAACAAAUGGAAAGGCGGUUUCAACAACACCAAGUUGCGUAUUCCGAUAGUGAAGAGGAAGAGGAUGCCUUUGGUCAGUUGGUGUCGUGUUUAGGUAACGUUAAGAAAAGGACAGUAGCAGAUAGUGAUGAGAGUAUUAGUGAAUAUAGUAGUGAUAUUUCUGAAGUCUCAAAAAGCGAUCACGAAGUGGACAAUGAGUUGGAAGGCAAUGUUAAUGAUAAUAUGCUUCAAGAUGGUAAUGAUAAAGAUUCAAUAAGUAAAUCAGAUGGAAGAUAUAGUGAUGAAGAGGAAAUGGAAGAAAAUGCUGCAGUUGAAGAAGUUGAAAUAGAGAAAGAUCUUCCAAAUGAUCCAUUCACAAAACAUUUCCAACAUGAUUUGUCAGAAGAGUUACUUGUAUCUUUAUCAAAUACCCCACACACUGUAGAACAUGUGAUUAAAACCUGGCCUGUAUUUGGAAACAUAUCUGUGACAAUUCCAAAACCAAUUGAAACAGCAAAGAAAUUGAAACCCAAAGUUUCUAUACUUGAAAAGAAAACCUUUGCAGCAGUAGGUACUCCACCACAAUCAAUGCAGAAUAUAGAUUUCAACCAAUUGCAUAUAAAAUCUCAGAUACAAGGUAACAUUGUGUCAGCAAACAAGAAUAACUUGAUAAAAAAAGACUUAGAACUUACAGAGAUCUUCACACCUCUUCAGAAGGAUCUUUUUGCUAUAUUGAAUAACUAUCAAGAUCUGUAUUACCCUGAAAGAACAUUUACAAAUGCUGAUGAAAUUAGAUACAUAUAUUGCUUACAUGUUGUCAAUCAUUUAUUGAAGACAAGGACCAAAAUCAUACAUCACAAUGCUAAGUUGGCAAAGAAACCUGAUCUUUCUGAUGAUUUUAGAGAUCAAGGUUUAGUAAGGCCAAAGGUUUUAAUUAUGGUACCUUUCAAAAAUGCAGCAUACAGGAUAGUAAAUACAAUCAUCGACAUUUUGGUUCCAAAAGAAGCUGGUCAAGUAGUAAACAAGAACAGAUUUGAAGAUGACUUCACUGGAGGAGAGCUCAUGAUGCCUCGUAAAAAUCCUAAGCCAGAAGAUUAUGAACUAAUGUUCAGUGGAAAUACUGAUGAUACCUUUAGGUUGGGCAUGAGUGUUACAAAGAAAACUCUUAAGUUAUACACAGACUUCUACUCAUCGGACAUUAUAAUAACAUCACCGUUAGGCCUCCGUAUGAUCGUAGGCGCCGACGGUGAGGAAGACAGAGACUACGACUUUCUAGCUUCGAUUGAAGUACUCAUACUAGACCAGGCUGAUGUCUUUCUUAUGCAAAACUGGGAUCAUUUGCUGCACACUUUGGAACAUUUCCAUCUGCAGCCGAAAAAAACACAUGGUACUGAUUUCUCUAGAGUCAGAUCUUGGGCUGUUAAUGGCUGGUCUAAAUAUUAUAGACAAACCUUAGUAUUCUCAUCAUUGCUGUUGCCAGAAAUAAAAGCCAUAUUGAAUAAAAAAUGCCAGAACUAUGCUGGAAAAGUACUUGUAGAGAACCCAGUUGACAAUGGAAGCAUACAGCAAGUGUUAUUACAGAUCCCACAGAUAUUCCACAGGUUCACAGCGGUAAAUCCUCUAGCCUCAGUGGAUUCGCGUUUUGAAUAUUUCCUCAAGGAAGUCCUGCCGAAACAGCGCGACUCGCUCAUGAGCCACACGCUCAUCUACGUGCCCAGCUACUUCGACUACGUCCGCAUCAGAAACUAUUUCAAGAAGGAAGAUAUCGGAUUUGUUCAGAUUUGUGAAUAUUCUAAGGACUCAAAGAUAGCUCGAGCGCGAGACAUGUUCUUUCACACGGAGGCUCACUUUCUGCUGUACUCGGAGAGAGUGCACUUCUUCCGGCGGUUCAGGAUCAAAGGCAUUCGCCAUAUCAUUUUCUACCAACCGCCUACCUAUCCGCAUUUCUAUUCGGAAAUGUGUAACCUUAUGCAGGAAUCAAACCAAAAUAAAUACGGCGGCAGUGAGUUUAACAUGACGGUGACAGUCAUCUACAGCCAGUAUGAUCUGCAGCGCGUUGCGGCAUUAGUCGGCACACAGCGCGCCGCGCGGAUGGGCCGUUCGGACAAAGCUGUGCAUAUGUACAUGACUGGAGAUUAGUCUCUAUUGUUAAAUAUAUUUGUUGUAUAUA